GUCCUUUCAUACUUAGUAAAGACAUACAAGCAUGUGGGGUGAUACUGCUGGAAAUGACAGUGAUUUUGGCGUCCCACUCGACAUGCCUUAUCGUUAUUCGGCUCACUACCUACUAUUUCGACGCCCCCAUCGUCGAUUCGGGUGGUCUGUGACACUGCGUCGACAAAUGGGGCAUGUGGCAGCGGCCGCGUUGUCAAUCCAAGUCGAGAUGCACUCGGCGUGGAACGAGUGGCCACACGCCAAAGUGGUGGCGUCGGGGGUGCCCACAAAGACGGCGGUUAGGCAAAUGGAGCAGUCGUCACGAAGGACGGUUGAGUUCAGCAAUGCCACAGAUACACCGGGGGGGACGUCGAGGAAGUGGAGCAGCAGCGCCUCAACACUGUCCAACGCGUCGUGAGUCGACGCUUCACGGCGAAAGCGUCCACAUAGCCACAGCACGCACAACAAGCGAGCGAAGAGGCGCCCAAAACCAACAGUCCUCUCGUGGACGACCGACUUGGAAAUGAGCCAAUGUUUCCGGGGCCAAGGCACGGUCAGCACCAUGCGCAGCAUCCACGCGAUCUCAGGGUGCAACCGAUGGCGGCUGUGCGCCUGUUCCAACUCUUGAUGGAGCGCGUGGAAGUGCGAGAAGCGACGGCGUACGACCCACGACGCAGAUGUGACGGGACAUGUCAGCGCCAUCGAGUACAUUGUGAUCGGGCGGGUGAGGGACCGAUUGGUUGUGGACAGAUCCGCCGGUCGGACCGCCGACGACGUAGACGAACACGCCAGUGGUCGACCGAUUUCGUUCGAUGGAGGUUGUUGUGUCGUGUGGCGGACGACCCAGUUAUCCAGAGCGUCGUGUAUUCGAAGCAAGGCCGAGUCCAACAGGUCCUGACCCGUCUUGGCGUCACUGCACGCGCGCCACAAGCAUGUCAGGUCGAGGGUGAGAGCCGCAAGUGCGUCUUCGCGACUUCGAACGGUGGUUCGUAGUAUCUUGCUCAAUGCUCUCCAUGUGGAUGGUUCGUCACGACCGACGAAUAUCCUCAAGGAAGCAACAACUGGCUGAAGCAUCCAUUCCACAUACCGCAGCGACGAAACUUUCUUGCUGUCGGAGUGGAUUCUAGAGAGGGUCCGUCCCAGCAGCCACACAGCAGCUGCGCUACGAGGAUCACUGGAAUCGUCUGUAGCCAUCGCGUCCUGGCUAAAUUCCGCCACGUUCGCUCGAAAUUUGCCGAAUGGCACUUUACGUUCUUGCGGCGAAA